UACGCGCUUGUCCCUCCGGACUGAGCCACAAGACGGGGUCACUGAGCGGGGAGCUGUGUCCGGGACUCCCACCGGCAGCUCAGCCAGAACAGCUCCGGCCGGAGCGGCUCCCUCCUCACAGCCAGGGGCCGGCAGGGAGGAGCGGCCGCCUCCCCCACCCUGCAGCCAUGUGCCCUCCUCAGCCUGUGGAAUGCAAGCGGCCCAGGGCCGGCCCCCAGAGCGCCUGGCCGGCCACGCAUGGAGCGCGCUGAGCCCGGCCACCCAGACUGUCCUGCCGGGCACAGCCGCCACCCCGAGCCUGCCGGCCCCGGCUCAGCCCAGCCCCGAGAGUCAGAGCGAGAGCGCGAGCGCAGUGCCUGGCCUGGCCCCCAGCGGCCCAUGCGAGCCGACAUGCGGCUCCGGGACUUGUCCCUGCGCCAGGACCCUGACCUGAGGCAGGAGCUGGCCUCCCUGGCCCGCGGCUGUGACUUUGUGCUGCCGUCCCGCUUUAAGAAGAGGCUCAAGGCCUUCCAGCAGGUCCAGGUUCAGACGAAGAAGGAGGAGCCCCUGCCACCCGCCACGAGCCAAAACAUUCCCACGUUCUACUUUCCCAGAGGCCGUCCCAAGGACACGGUGAACAUCGAUGCCAUCAUCACCAAGAUCGAACGGACCUUCGCGCAGUUUCCGCACGAGAGAGCCACGAUGGAGGACAUGGGCCGAGUGGCCAAGGCCUGUGGGUGCCCGCUCUACUGGAAGGGGCCGCUGUUCUGCAGUGCCGGGGGAGAGCGCACGGGCGCCGUCUCUGUCCACAAGUUCAUCGCCAUGUGGAGAAAGGUCCUGCAGAGCUGUCACGACGACGCCGCCAAGUUCGUCCACCUGCUCAUGCGUCCCGGCUCGAACUACCUGGUGCAGGAGGACUUCAUCCCCUUCUUACAGGACGUGGUGAACACGCACCCGGGCUUGGCUUUCCUGAAGGAGGCGUCCGAGUUCCACUCUCGCUACAUCACUACCGUGACACAGAGGAUCUUCUACUCCGUCAACAGGUCCUGGUCGGGGAGGAUCACGUGCGCAGAGCUGCGCAGGAGCACCUUCCUGCAGAAUGUGGCGCUCUUGGAAGAGGAAGCGGACAUCAAUCAGCUGACAGAGUACUUCUCCUACGAGCAUUUCUAUGUCAUUUACUGCAAGUUCUGGGAGCUGGACACGGACCACGACCUUCUCAUCGAUUCCCAGGACCUGGCCCGGCACAAUGACCACGCCAUUUCCACCAGGAUGAUCGAGAGGAUAUUUUCGGGGGCUGUGACGAGGGGCAGAAAAGUCCAGAAAGAAGGAAAAAUAAGCUACGCUGACUUUGUUUGGUUUUUGAUCUCUGAAGAAGACAAAAAAACUCCAACCAGCAUCGAGUACUGGUUCCGCUGCAUGGACCUGGAUGGGGACGGCGCGCUGUCCAUGUUUGAGCUGGAGUACUUCUAUGAGGAGCAGUGCCGCAGGCUGGACAGCAUGGCCAUCGAGGCCCUGCCCUUCGAGGACUGCCUCUGCCAGAUGCUGGACCUGGUGAAGCCACAGAGCGAAGGGCAGAUCACCCUCCGGGACCUGAAGAAGUGUAAACUCGCCCACGUGUUCUUUGACACCUUCUUCAACAUCGAGAAGUACCUCGACCACGAGCAGAAGGAACAGGUCUCCCUGCUCAGGGAGAGCGCCAGCGAAGGCCCCGCGCUGUCCGACUGGGAGAAGUAUGCGGCCGAGGAGUACGACAUCCUGGUAGCCGAGGAGGCUGCAGGGGAGCCGUGGGAGGACGGGUACGAAGCCGGGCCCAGCCCCGUGGACCAGAAGCUGGGCUCCCUGAGGUCUCCGCUGGCCCAGAGGCCCUUCUUCGAGGCGCCGUCCACCCUGGGCACCGUCGACCUGUACGAGUACGCGUGUGAGGACGACGACCUGCCGCCCGCGUGACCUGGGCCCAGAUCUGGACGCAGAGCCACUGUCCU